GGAAAUUCGGGGUUUUCAUCAGUUCCCAGCCACACCUUCGCCACGUUAUAAGAAUGGCUCAAACUGCUGACGCUUCCCCAUUCUCCGUCAGUUUCCAUCGCCUUCCUUUCAUUGCUCACCAUGAACCGUGGACCAGGCAGUGUCUACACCAUCCCCGGUCUCAAGAACCUCAAUUCAGCAAAGGACUGUGAUGAAUGUGGAAAAGCCUUUACUUUUCUCCGUCAAAAGUACCACUGCAAAAACUGUGGAUGCGUAGUUUGCGGUAACUGUUCUGAAAACAGAUAUGAGAUACCUAAAUUCGGUUUCAAUAACCCAGUCCGUUGUUGCAAUACGUGCCAUGAAAUGAUCAAAAUGCAACGUAUGGGAACACAAGCUCUGCUGAAUCUUCCCAUGAAGAAAUUGAAAUUCUACUUAACUGCUUAUCAAUUACCGUCUCGAGGAGCAUUAGAGAAACAAGACCUUGUCAGAAUAAUAAUGUCAUCCCAUCCAGUUUCGAAUGCAAGCGAGACACAUUAUAGAAAAAUGAAAGCAUUGGCUCCCAAACCUUCUCGUCAAGACACUUCAUCACAAUCUGAAAAUGGAUCGUCAUUUACUGGGUUUGUCAACGGAUUAAUGGAUGGUAUUGGCGAUAUUUUUCGAGAUGAUGAGGAGCCUUCUCGGCGCCAGGACGAAUCAAGACGAAGGCAACCGCAACAACAGCAGCAGUAUGCUCCACCUCUUUUCCACCCAUCUCAAGCUCCACGACCUCCACGACCUCCUCAACAUCAUUAUACCCCACCUAAUAAUAUGUCUCAGCCUAAUAACUCGUACACUCCACCACAGUACCGCCCUCCUCCAGCUCAAAACGGCCACCGCCCUCCAACUCAAACCGCCCCGCCGCCCAGACAGCAACCACGACCACAACAAACACAACAGCGAUCGACGGAAAACGUCACUCCUCCACGUCCACCACAAAGCACCUCACCUGUCGAAUUCGAACCUCCAUCUUUAGAUACCAUCAUACAAGCGAAAAUCGACCCAAGUACACUGUCUGUGCGCACACUGAAGGGGAUACUCCGAGCCAACUUUGUCGAACAUUCCAAAGUGUUAGAGAAGUCAGAAUUAGUGACUCGGGUAGCAAGAUUGCUGGAAGACAGGCGAAAAGAAAUGCAACGUAACGACGAUAGAGGACUUGAGGACGAAGGUCUUUGUAGGAUUUGUUGUGAUGCUUCCCAGAAUUGUGUAUUUUUGGAAUGCGGACAUAUGGUGACUUGCAUGGACUGUGGCAAGAAGCUUGUAGCGACACGAAACGAAUGCCCAAUUUGCCGAGAGCGGAUCAUUAAGAUUGUUCAUGUAUUUAGAUCAUAGCACGAUGUUUCGUUUAGCGCGUUAAAUACAUAAAAGCUGCAGGGAGAAUCUCUUUCAAGUAACCAUUUUACCAAAAUGAGGGCGGUGUUGCAAACCAGCAGUCACAGCUGCGAAUAAGAAAGAGGGCAAGAACGCCGGCGAUCCCGCUGCAAAGAAGAGAAAGCAGCAGGAGGAUUCCGUAUCCGCCGUAGCUGCCCGAACCACCGAGGAAUUCAACUUUCCCAGAGGUGGAGCAAGC